AUGAGACUCCUGCUCCUGGCUUUUGCUAUCCUUAUGUUCCUAUCACAAAUGACCCCAGUAAUCACAAACCAGGAAGGUUGCAAAGAUGGAUCCUGUGGUGGUGGGGAAGAGUGCUGGCACAAAUCCGGAUACUGCAGGAAAACCUGCAGACUUGACAAAGUGACAAAAACAAUAUGUCAGCAUUAUCAAGUCUGUUGUGUUGCAGACCAGAACGUUCCUGUCACUUCUCCCACACUCAUACCUAAUUUUCAGACAGAUAUUAUUGAUAUCCUGGUAACAAGUCUUACUUCACCUAGCUUUGAAAUAAACACCAAGAGUAAAGAUGAUGAAAAGUGUGAUUCAGAACUGAAAAUGCAGAUCUUUCUCUGA